AUGGCGUCGGCGGUGCCUGCAACAGCGGCGGCAGGCACCGUCGCGCUAGCCAACCUGGUGCAGCUGUGCAAAGAGUUGUGUCUGCCUGUCUCAUAUAAGGUGUUUGAGCAGCUGCCGGCGGAUGGCGGCGGCGGGGGCGGCAGGGAAAGUGGCAGCGGCGACGCAGACCCAGGCAAUCCCCUGUCUUGCUGCGAGCGAAGCGGCAACGGCAGCGGUGGCGUGGUGACAGACGCAAGUGUGACGCGUGCGCUGUCUGCGGGCGUGCAGCAGGCGUUCCUGCCAAAGUUUGAAAAUGAGGGCCAGGACGAGGCCAUAGCAGACCAGGUCACGGCAGGAGCGGCAGAGCGCUACAUGGUGGUCACAAUCAAGCACUCCGGCUCCCUGGUGACGCUGUCAGCCGGCCAGGUGGGCGCGGGCGCGGGGCAGGGCUGGCGCGUGUCAUGCUGGCUGGAGCCAGCCGGCGCCGCCGCCCUGCUGCGCGCUCACUACGAGCGGUCGUGCGGCUGCAGCGGCGAUGGCGCAGGCGGCGACGCCGCGCUGGCCGCACUGCGGCGGCUGAUGGUGUCGCUGGAGGAGCGGCGGAUGGCUGUGAGCUUUGAGAUGGUCACUGGUGGGUGGGUCUUUUGA